AUGCGCCUCAUAGAUAUCAGCAACCCCAGCCAACUGAAGUUCGUCGAGGUCAGCGACCCCAGCCUCGUCCGCUAUGCUAUUCUCUCCCACGUCUGGAACAAGCCGAAUGGUGACGAGGCCUUCACUCCGGAGCCUACAUUCCAGGACCUGUCAUUAGCUAUGAAGCAUUCUCGUGCCCUGCCAGAGAACGUGCGCAUGUGGGACAAGCUGCGAGGCUUUAUUCGGACUGCCGCCAGAAGUGGAUUCUCCCUGCUAUGGGCGGACAUGUGCUGCAUCAACAAGGAGAACAACGCGGAGACCUCUGAAGCCAUCGCCUCCAUGUACCAAUGGUACCUCUGUGCCGAAGUCUGCUACACAUACCUCCAGGAUGUCCCCUAUCCCUCUCCCGAGCCGGACACCCUUUCUCCCCCACCUUCCUCCGAAUUCUCCCAGAGCAUUUGGUUCAAGCGCGGCUGGACACUGCAGGAACUCCUCGCAUCCGACACCCUCAUCUUCCUCUCUCGUGACUGGAAGGUCCUAGGCACCAAGCUAGGGCUCUCACAGAUAGUUCACGACAUCACGAACAUCGACGUCAAGAUCCUUACCCAGGAGUGCAAUCUUGAUGAGGUCAGCGUAGCGUGCCGCAUGUCCUGGGCGGCACACAGAGUCACCUCACGCCCGGAGGAUCGCGCCUAUUCCUUGAUGGGCCUCUUCGGCGUUCGCAUGCCUGUGAUCUACGGAGAAGGAGAGUACGCGUUCGUCCGCCUGCAGGAGGAAAUUUUCAGGCGCAUUGCAGAUCCCACGCUCCUUGCCUGGGGACAGCCGCGUCGUCUAUCUGAU